UUGUUUUGAAAAACAUGCCGGAAAAUUUUUAUUUCGGAUUGUUGGAUCCAAAUGUUCUUAUGGCCAUUGUAAAUAUAAUUUUGGCCGAUGAUAAUAAUGAUGCAGAAAAAUGCAUGCAAGUUUUGUUCUUCAGAGAAUCGCAUGAGAAAAUAAAAGGUUAUUUCGAGGAAGUAAUUCCACGAUAUUCGUUGUCGGACUUUAAGUCACAUUUUAGAAUGACGCGAUCAACAUUUGCAAGAAUGCUAGAAAAUCUUGCCCCAUCUUUAAUUGGAGGAUUAAAUGCAGGACAAGAUACGGUCGUUCCAGAAAAAAAAUUGUCUAUAGCUGUAUGGCUACUCUGUAAUCAAGAAGUUUAUAGAUCGGUAGCAGAUCGAUUCGGGGUGUCAAUCAACACUGCUUGGCGAAGUACGAUAAAAAUCUGUCAUGCAUUACUUGAAAUGUCUGAGGAUUAUAUACAGUGGCCACAAGGGCCUGCAUUAAGAAGAGUACAAGCAGAAUUUCAGGAAAUUGCCGGAUUUCCCAAUGUCAUUGGAGCGAUCGAUGGAACCCAUAUUGAGAUAAGUGCUCCCUCAAUUAAUGGUGACAGUUACGUAUGUCGUAAAAACUUCCAUUCACUGCAGCUGCAAGCGAUUUGCGACGCAAAUUUAAGGUUUAUAAAUAUUUUUACCGGCAUGUGUGGAAGUGUACAUGAUGCUCGCGUCUGGGGCUUGAGCGACAUUAAAGCAGCCAUAGAGGAAAACAAGGAACGGUAUUUUCCGAAUAACUCUCACAUUCUCGGCGACACGGCCUAUGGUCUCGAAUCCUAUUUAAUGGUACCUUACAAAGACUACGGAAACAUGACGGCGGCACAACGAAAUUUUAAUACAAUUCUCUCAAGACACCGAGUUGUCAUUGAAAGAGGAUUUUGUUUACUUAAGGGUCGUUGUCGCAGAUUAAAAUAUCUGUAUUUGCAAAAGGUCAAAUAUGGAUCUUUAAUGAUUGCUGCCUGUUGUGUUCUGCACAACAUAUGUCUUGAUUUGGAUGACGAAGCGACUGACGACAUAUUGGCUGAAAUUGGAGACAUCGAAGAAGAUAACAAUGAAGUAAUUGAAAAUGGGAGAAACAAUGUUCCUGCUCAACUUAAAAGAGAUGAAUUGGCGGAAACUUUAAUGAUUGCAGCAAGACGUUAAACUU